CGGGACCGUAGUUUUCAGAGCCUGUCGCUUUCUGGACUACAUUUCCCAGAGGCCUCUAGGCCCACCUUUGCCCCCGCCGGAACUCGCUCAUACCUGAGGUGUGGGUGCGAUCUCCUGCUCUUGUUCGGCGAGCCUUGUGGGAGAGGGGCGCGGCCUGUUUGGACCUGAGCGGAGCGGACGGGAAGAGACAGAGCUCUGCCCUGCCUGGAUGGAGACAUCCAAAAGGAGAGAAGAACGGCUGUUGAACAUGCACAAGGCACCUGCCAGACUGUGAAUCAAGGUGUGUGGCCAAGAAAUUAUUUCUGAAAAAGGAGAUUUAUGGAAUAGAAUCAUCCCAAUGGGAGAUAAUGGAAAGACUUACAAAGCAAAACAUUGAGUGUUCAAGUUUCAGAGAUGAUUGGGAAUGUAAAAGCCAGUUUGUGAGAAAACAGGGAUCUCAGGAAGGACAUUUCAGUCAAAUGAUAUUUACUCCUGAAGACAUGCCCAGUUUCAGUCAUGAUCCAUCUUUAAUUGUACACCAAAAAUUUACAAGCGAAGAGCAAUCCUGUGAAUGUAAGAAGUGUGAGAAAUCCCUUAUAAAUGACUUUCAACUCCCUGCACAUCAGAGAAUUCAUAUUGGCAAGAAAUUCUAUGAAUGCAAGGAAUAUGAGAAUGCCCUUGGUAGGGACUUUUACCUUACUCAGCAUCAAAGAAUUAAUACUGAUGAGAAACCCCUCGAAUGUAAAGAAUGUGGGAAGGAUUUUAAUUUUGUAUCUGUCCUUAUUCGACAUCAGCGAAUUCAUACUGGUGAAAAACCAUAUGAGUGUAAAGAAUGUGGCAAGACCUUUGGUAGUGGUGCAAACCUUGCUUACCAUCAGAGAAUUCAUACUGGUGAGAAACCUUAUGAAUGUAAGGAAUGCGGGAAGGCCUUUGGUAGUGGCUCAAACCUUACUCAUCAUCAGAGAAUCCAUACUGGUGAGAAACCCUAUGAAUGUAAGGAAUGUGGGAAAGCCUUUAGUUUUGGAUCAGGCCUUAUUCGACAUCAGAUAAUUCACAGUGGGGAAAAGCCUUAUGAGUGUAAGGAGUGUGGGAAGUCCUUUAGUUUUGAAUCAGCCCUUACUCGGCAUCAGAGAAUUCACACAGGUGAGAAACCUUAUGAAUGUAAGGAUUGUGGGAAAUCCUUUGGCAGUGGUUCUAACCUUACUCAACACCAGAGGAUUCAUACUGGUGAGAAACCCUAUGAAUGUAAAGUAUGUGGAAUGACCUUUAGCAGUGGCUCAGCCCUUACUCGGCAUCAGAGAAUUCAUACUGGUGAGAAACCAUAUGUAUGUAAUGAAUGUAGAAAGGCCUUUAGUUUUGGAUCAGCUCUUACUCGACAUCAAAGAAUUCACACUGGUGAGAAACCGUAUGUAUGUAAGGAAUGUGGGAAGGCGUUUAAUAGCGGCUCAGACCUCAGCCAACAUCAGAGAAUUCACACUGGAGAGAAACCCUACGAGUGUAAAGAAUGUGAGAAAGCCUUUAGAAGUGGUUCAAAACUUAUUCAGCAUCAGAGAAUGCACACUGGUGAGAAACCUUAUGAAUGUAAAGAAUGUAGGAAGGCUUUUAGCAGUGGCUCAGACCUUACUCAACACCAGAGAAUUCAUACUGGUGAGAAACCUUAUGAAUGUAAGGAAUGUGGGAAGGCAUUUGGUAGUGGCUCAAAACUUAUUCAACACCAGAUAAUUCAUACUGGUGAAAAACCCUAUGAGUGUAAGGAAUGUGGAAAGUCUUUUAGUAGUGGCUCAGCACUUAAUCGGCACCAGAGAAUACACACUGGUGAGAAACCCUACAAAUGUAAGGAAUGUGGGAAGGCUUUUAGUAAUGGCUCAAAUCUUACUCAACAUCAGAGGAUUCAUACAGGUGAGAAACCCUAUGAAUGUAAGGAAUGUGGUAAACGUUUUGGAAGGAGUUCAGAUUUUAGGCAACAUACGAAAAGUCAUUUUGGUGAGCUCUGUGAGCUGGACAAUCUAUGAGUUGUAAUUACAUGGUUAACGGAGCACUUUGAACACUACAAAUGUAAUUAAAGAACAGAGUCUUCACUUAAGAUUGACAGCUCAGUCAGCCUCAGAGAAUUCAUGCAGGAAAAAAACAACCUACUCAGACUGAAUAAUAUCUGAAGACCUUUAUCUACAUUUUUUUCUUCAUUAACUUCAGAAAAUUGACACCUGUGAAUAGAAAAACUGAAAAAAAAUUACUAUAUUUUACCUUUAUUUUAAACAUUGAAAAAAUUAUUUGGCAGUUAACCGCUCCUUUUGUUAUUUUUUUAGUCUUCUUAAAUUCUUGUGCAUUAUGCUAAUCCAUCUCAAAAUUUUUUUGAGUUAUUUAUUGGAGGUCUAAAUUUACCUUUUUUCCCUUCCCCAGAUGAUCUCCUAACAUCAUUUAUUCAAUAACCUUUUUUUGUAUUGUUUUUUACUGUUUGAUGAUGUUAUAUUUUUAUUUAUAUAAACUUGAAUAUUAGAUCAGUCUUUGCCUUUUAAAUCCCUUUGUCAGUGUUUGUAUCUCUGUCUUAUCCUAUUUAAGCUAUUGUUCCUUUUUUAAUGUCUAAUAGAUCUAUACCUUUUGUUUUGGAAGAUUUUGUUAUUAUUUUCCUUUCAUACGUUCCUUUUUGAAAAACAAUUUUCUCCCAUGAAGAUGCAGAGAACAAUAACAAAAAAAAAUAGUUGUCUGUAAUCUUACCAAUCAUAGAUAAUUAUUGUCAAACUUUUAGAGCAAACUUAUUAAGGCUGUAUCUGUUGUUGUUUUAAAGAAAGUGUGAUUAUGUUAUACUAUGAUAAGCCUUAAAUAUUCUUUGUUAAAUAUAUUGUUACUAUUUUAUUUUCUUUAUGAUGUUCACCUGUCUCUAUCAAACCCUUAUUUUGUUAAGUUUUGAAAUUUUUGCCAUUAUAAACAGUUACCUUGAUGGCCCCUUUUUAAUUUGUGUUUGCAUUAUUUAUUUACUGUUCCUUUUAGAGGUAACGUGUGAUUAUCUUCUGCUUGAGAAAGGUUUAUACAUUCGGUACAGUUGCACCCCGUAUGACAUCAUCCCCCACCUCAGUUCCUUCCCCAAUGUUAACCAACUUACUAUCCUUCCAGAUCCUUGAAUAUGCAUAUGUAAGUAACUGUGGAAAUCCAUAAUAAUUUUUUAUGACUUUUAUACUUCUAUAUCUUCAUAAUGUAAGUAUGGUAAAGUGGACAUAAUUAGAGUAACUACUUGGGGCUUGUUGAAUUCUAUAAUUGUGCCUAUCACAUAGUAAAUGCUUGGUAAAUAUAAGCCAUCAUCAUUACUAUCAUCUUCUCAGUCUUUAUUCUUAUUGUUUAUGGAAAGACUUUUAACCACGAUCCACAUCUUACUCAACAUCAAAGACAUCAUAAUGGAUAAAGACAUUAAUGUAAAUGAAUAUAGGAAAGUAUGAUCCACAUUCGUUCCUUACCAAACAAGGAAUAAUUCACCCUAAAGAAAAAAGAUGAUACUGUAAAGUGUGAGAAGGCAAAUGCUGCAUCAUAAAAUUUAUACCAGAAUAGAAAAAAAGCCUCUCCAAGAAAAUUUGAAUACUAGUUUAGUACCCCACUACAUGAUUUUUUGGUUAAAAAUAAAAUAUAAUUUCUUUUUAAAUAGAUACCAGUGAGUACACUACAUAGCAAAACCUGUGAGGGUCUGACACAUCUACACAAGAAAAUUUAUAGCUUUAAAUUCAUUUAUAUGUUAGACUAUCAGAUUAUGAACAGAGAAACUAAGCAUAUAACCCAAGAAGUUAAAAAAGAAAUAACAAAAACCCCAAGAAUAAUGAAAGGUAAAAAAUAAAGGAAAAAUUAUUUAAGUAGAAAAAUGGAAAAAAUAACCUAAUUUAAUAAUCAAAACCUGCUUUUUAAAGAAAACAAAAAAUUAGUAUGGCAAUUCUGGUAAAGGAACAAAAGAAAUGAUGAACGUUACAAAUGAGAAAAGGCCCAUUAGGUUUAGAGAUUUUACAGAAUAUGUAUUACUAUUGCAUAUAAAUUUUUAAUAAUUAAUUUGAAAAUUAAAAUGAACAUUUUGGAAAACCCACUGCUCUCAAGUUGAUUCUGACUCACAGCGAUCCUAUAGGAUAGAGCAGGACUGCCCCAUAACGUUUCCAAGACUGUAAAUCUUUACCAAAGCAGAUUGCCACAUCUUUCUCCCACGGAGAGGCUGGUGGGUUUCAAUCACUGACCUUUCGGUUAGUAGCUGAGCACUUUAACCACUGUGCUACCAAGGCUUAAAAAGGGGGUAUAAAUCACCAGAACUGACACAGAACCAUAGAAAUAAGGAAUAUAAAGUACAUAAGGAAUAUAAAGCAAUAAUGCCUAUAUGCAGAACGGCUGGGGAAAAAAUUCCACUACCCGGAGUUAUAACCAGCCGCUGUUCUGCCCCGUAACCACAGUUAGAUCCCUUGAGGGAGAAUAUUCUGACUUACAAUCACAUUUUUCAUAGGAAAGAGGGACAAAAGAUUAAAACAACCAGCACUAAUUUAUUAUUUAAGAGCGUUGGAUAUUAUCCAAGUUAAAAAAAAAAAAAGACCAUGUGAUUGGGGUGAUUAAAAACAGGCUAAAGCACCUUAUUUCAUUGUAUCUAAGAUGGCACAUACUGUAAGAUGUACCAUUUUUUAUAUACUAAAAAUUAAAAGUCCUUUGUGUAAAUCUGUAAUACAUAAUUGAUUAUAAAUUGAAUGGCAUUUCCAGAGUUAUCGAAAUGUGGAAAAAGAAGUAUUUAUUUUAGAAUUGAAAUACAGUACUUUUUAUGUUUCUAAGAAAUCAUUCUUUUCUUUAGAUUUACAUAUUAUAGCUAUAGGAUAGCAUGGAAUUGACUUUCCAUGUUUAAUCUCUAUAUCUCUACUCAUAAUUUUGUUGAUUUUUAAACCAUUUUAUUCCUCUAAAUUGAUUUAAAGGAGACACAUUCAUUUUAAUUAUUGUUUCAAAAUAUCUGCACUUGAUUUUCUUUAUAAGUUCAGCUUUUUUUUUUCUCUUUUCUAGUUCACAAAUUCAUUUCAUUAUUAGUUUUCUUAUAUUUUUGACGUAUUAUGUCUAUUUUCUUUGGACGGAAUACAAAUACUUGGUCAAUGGACUUAAUCUCUUUUAAAUUGAAAUCGUUUAAGGCUACAAAAUUUCCUCUGAAUAUUGCCUUAUCUGUACCUCAUGUUUUUUUUUUUUUAACUUCUGGAUAAUUCUCAUUUUAAUGUAACUUAGUUUUGUAUUCGUUAGUUGCCUAAGACGGUGUUUUGCUAAAUUUUUAAAAACUUUUCCCAAAAUACUAUUUAACGUGGAAUUACAAUGUAUGUGACCUAUAGAAGCUUCAUUAAAGAGUUAAAAGUUUAAUAUAUUCUUUAUGGCCAGUUACAAGUUAGGUUUUGUGUUUUAUAACCAUUAGAUGUAAAAUGAUGUAUAUUCUCUGUAAUAUAGAAAAUUCUAUUGUAGUAUAAUAAGCUUGUUGACUCCAUUAUUUAAAUAGUCUCUGGGGUUUUCUGGUGAUUUUGUUUAUUUGAUUUUUUUAUUCUGAAAAAUGUGCAUAAAAUACCAAAGUGUAUUUUCUUCAGCAUCUCUUAUUAAUAUAGGAGUUUUUACUUUUUAUGCUGGUUUAUGUGGUGGUUGUGUGCUCUUAAGUUGAUUCUGACUCAUAGCAACCCUAUAUGACAGAAUAGAACUGCCCCAUAGGGUUCAUAGGCUAUAAUCUUUAUGGAAGCAGAUGCCCAGAUCUUUUCUCCCAUGGAGCUGCUGGAUGGCUUAUUUUUUACUGCAUAAAUUUAAUUUAUCAUUCAUAGUUUUUAUUAUGCAUAAUGAUAUUGAAUUUCACUUUUCCUGAUAUUAAUAUUGAAAAUUCCACUUUGACCUGUGCAGCAAACUCAUAUUAGCUUCUUCUAGGUGUAUUCUUGUAAAGAGCAUAUAGUUGUUUUUUUUUUUAAUCCAAUCUGACAAUCUCUAUUCUUCACACAAACACAUACACAUUUUUUGAAAACAAAAAUAUUUGUUUUUAUUCUUUUUGUUUUUAUAUGUGCUAUAUGUGGUUAAUGGAGCCCUGGUGGAGCAGUGGUUAAGAGCUCAGCUACUAACAAAAAGGUCAGCAGUUCAAAUCUACCAGACCAGCUGCUCCUUGGAAACUCUCUGGGGCAGUUUUAUUCUCUCCUAUAGGGUUGCUGGAAACCCUGGUGGCAUAGUGGUUAAGCACUACGGCUGCUAACCAGAAGGUCAGCAGUUUGAAUCCACCAGGUGCUCCUUGGAAACCCUGUGGGGCAGUUCUACUCUAUCCUACAGAGUCUCUAUGAAUCAGAAUCGACUAGACAGCAGAUUUGUUUUUGUUUUUGUUGCAGGGUUGCUAUGAGUCAGAAUUGACUCGAUGACAAUGGCUUUGGUUUUUAUAUGUGAUUAAUACUCCACGAAGUCAUCUAAAUGCCUUUCUGUGUUGCAAAGAGUGAAAAGAUAACUAAAUUUCCCAAACACUGUUGCAACUCUUUCCUACGUGAACACUCCUGUCUUGGUCAUCUAGUACCACUUUAACAGAAAUACCACAACUGGGUGGCUUUAACAAAGAGAAAUUAAUUUUCUCACAGUCUAGUAGGUUACAAGUCCAAAUUCAGGGCUUUGGCUCCAGGGGAAGGCUUUCUCUCUCUGUCGGCUCUGGAGGAAGGUCUUUGUCCUCAAUCUUCCCCUGGUUGAGGAGCUUCUCAGGCACAGGGACACCAUGUCCAAAGGACAUGCUCUGCUCCUGGUGCUGCUUUCUUGGUAGUAUGAGGUCCCCAAUUCUCUGCUUGCUUCUCUUUCCUUUUAUCUCUUGAAAGAUAAAAGGUGGUGCAGGCCACCCCAGGGAAACUCCCUUUACCUUGGAUCAAGGAGGUGACCUGAGUGAGGGUGGUGUUACAAUCCCACCCUAAUCCUCUUAACAUAAAAUUACAAUCACAAAGUGAAGGACAACCACACAAUACUGGGAAUCAUGGCUUAACCAAGUUGAUACACGCAUUUUUAGGGGGACAUAAUCCAAUCCGUGACAACUCCGAUGGUUUCUAUUCAUCUCCCUUAAAACAUAGAAGAUUUUUAAGACUCCAUCUUUGGAUCUCCUUUCUUUUCUUUUUAUACUUACUCCCUUGGCGAUCUCAUACAAAUGUAUUUUUUACCCUGAAUGUCACACUCAUAAUGAAAUAAAAGAGCUGAACAGAAGAUCUCAAAAAGUUCAAUAAGACAAAGUAAAGUGUUAUAAUAACAUGUGCAAAGACCUGGAGUUAGAAAACCAAAAGGGAAAAACACACUCAGCAUUUCUGAAGCUGAAAGAAUUGAAGAAAAAAAUCAAGCCUUGAGUUGCAAUAUUGAAGAAUUCUACAGGGAAAAUGUUGAACAAUGCAGGAAGCAUCAAAAGAAGAUGGAAAGAAUACACAGAGUCACUGUACCAAAAAGCAUUGGCUGAGGUUCAACCAUUUCAGGAGGUAGCGUAUGAUCAAGAAGCAAUUGUACUGAAGGAAGAAAUCCAACCUACACUGAAGAGAAUGGCAAAAAAACAAGGUUCCAGGAAUUGAUAGAAUACCAACUGAGAUGUUUCAACGAACAGAUGCAGUGCUGGAGGUGCUCACUUGGCUAUGUCAAGAAAUUUGGAAGUCAGCUUCCUGGUCAACUGAGUGGAAAAGAUCCAUAUUUGUGCCCAUUCCAAAGAAAAGUGACCCAAAAGAAUGCAGAAAUUACAAAAUAAUAUAAUUAAUAUCACACACAAGUAAAAUUUUGCUGAAGAUAAUUAAAAAAUGAUCACAUUAUUGCAGCACUGUUUACAAUAGCAAAAACGUGGAAGCAACCAAGGUGCCUGUCAACAGAUGAAUGGAUAAAUAAAUUAUGGUAUAUCCACACAAUGGAAUACUACACAUCAAUAAAGAACAGUGAGGAACCUGUGAAACAUUUCAUAACAUGGAGGAACCUGGAAGGUACUAUGCUGAGUGAAAUUAGUCAGUUGCAAAAGGACAAAUAUUGUAUAAGACCACUAUUAUAAGAACUUGAGAAAUAGUU